AUGUCAUUCCGAAUGCUUCAUUGGGUACACAAAAUUGGUAACUAUUCCAAGUCUAAACAAUUCUAUGAGAAGGAAUUGAACAUGGUUGAACAGAGACAUGAAUCAUUUGAUGCAGGAUGUGAAGCAGCUUGUAAUGGUCGAUAUAAUUUGAGUUGGACCAAGACAAUGAUUGGAUAUGGACCUGAAGAUCUUCACUUUGUUUUGGAAUUGACAGCAAAUCAUGGAAUUAAGAGUUACAAGUUGGGUAAUGAUUUUAGAGAAAUUGUUAUUCAUCAUGAUAAGGCAGCUGAGAGUAAGCAAACUAUUGUUGAUCCGAAUGGAUAUACCUAUGUGCUUGUGAAUAGAGAAAGAGACUUGGAAGAAAGUGAGAGAAACUCUUUCGAACAUGAUCAAGUUCAAUACAUUUCACUUCAUACCAAGAAUUUGGAAAAACAAAUUCAAUUCUAUACUCAAGUUUUGGGAAUGCAAGUUUUCAAGAGAGGAGAAAAUAGAGCCCUAUUAGGUUUUGCUCAAGAUCAAGCCAAAAUUGAAUUUGUUCAAUUGAGUGAGAGUGAGGAAUUGAUUCAUGGAGAAGCUUUUGGUCGAUUGGCAAUUUCAUCAAAGGUCGAUAUUAAGGAAAUGCAUCAAAAAGUAUUGAAAGCAAAGGAAGAGGAAGUUUUUGUUUCGACUGGAAUUUCCAUUGUUAAGGAACCAAUUGUUUUACCAACACCUGGAAAGGCCGAUGUUGAAGUGGUGAUUAUUUCUGAUUGUGAUGGAUAUGAAAUUUGUUUGGCAGAGGAAACUGGAUUCUUGGCUCUUGCUUUAGGAAAGUAAAGUUUUUAUUUUACCACUC